AUGACAAGUACUGAGACACAGACUCUCCCUGCCUUGUCUCUGUCCCACCCUCUCUGCUCUGCACCCUGGCACCUGCUGAUACAUCCACACAGCCAGCUCUGCCCAUCCCAGCUUCGCUCCACUCAGCCUGAAGAGGAAGCCCCACAAGUGGUCCUGCUGGCUGGCUCUCAUGGGAAAUUCCUGGACACAAACAAGCGUUUUCCUGGUAAGAAAAUGUUAUCUAAACGCUGCAGCACCACCGGUCAGGCAAUGAAGCUUUUGAAAAAGGAGACCCUCAAGAGCCCUCAAUGCCUGGUGAUCCACACAGGAACAAAUGACCUACACAGCCUCCGUAAAGACACUGCUGAGGCGGUGAGGAAGAUGGCGGAGCAGGUCAGUAAGGAGUUCCGUGACACCUGCAUUGUGGUCUCUACCCUACUGCCUAGGACGGACACCCCUCCUCAUGUCAUCCAUGACAUUAAUAUGGAGAUCAGAAGAGGAUGUGCCACCUUACCCAACGUCCACCUGGCCCACCCAACCAUUGGCACCUGGGACCUCUAUGAUGGACUCCAUCUACACAGAGAGCGGGUGAAGAUAUUUGCAAAGACCCUGAAAGACAGAGCCCUGGGACACAAUGGUCUCUAAAGCUGCUAGCAGCUCCAGACCUCCUCUUCCCCAUCACCAUCCCAGGUGUCAUCUGAAAAUGACACCCAUGAAAUGAUGCAUCCAUGGGUGGCCCCUGCAUUGCUUCCUGCUACAGACGGGGGUCAAAGUAAAGAUAAAGCUGAAUAAAAGAGUGGAGAAACACAUCAGAUGCAGAUGCUUCGGUGCAGCACGGCUCACUGAACGGAGAUGACCAUCAUUUGAAGAACACCACAUGAUAUGUUUAGUGUGGACUUUUAGAAAUCAGACAUCUGGAUUUUAAGUUGAGCAGACGCUCAAGAAGCCAUGGCUCCACUUACCUCACCAUCUGGCUGCCAGAGCU